AUGACUCAGUCGCCGAAAGAUAUUCUGAGGCGGAAGUUCAAAUCAGCGAUUUCAGAGGAUGACAUGAAUUCAUUUGAUCAGUAUGAUCUUCAUUCUCAUAAUCCGAAGUAUCCAACAUCGAGACAAAACAAAAAACUUGAGGAGACAAGUCAGAUCCAUGACAAUAUCUGUCAAAAGAUAGACAACUACUUUUCAUUAGAAGAAAUAUAUCAAUCUCCUACCACGGGGUACAAAUUUCAAACAUAUUAUGAACCUCCGGUAGUCAAAUCCAAUAAUACCUCUGUCAUAUUCGUAAUGCACCAUGGGGCUGGAUCUAGUGCUGCCACAUUCGCUAAGCUUGCCUACUCUUUGAAAAUUCAGUGUGAACUAAGAUCACAUGAAGAUAAACCAGGGGUGUUUACCUUUGAUAUGAGAGGGCAUGGAAGAACCGGACUCUUGAAUUUACAGGACCAAGGAGCUAAUGGUGAUCUCUCAAUUGAUACACUUUGUGAAGACUUCAGGCAGAUCAUGGUAUUUUUAGAUGAGAAAUUUAAGGGUCAAAAUACAAGCACACAAUACUUCUUAAUAGGACAUUCUCUCGGUGGCUCCGUCUUGACAAAAUUUACAACAGAAUGCUGCUUGAACAAUGACCCUACAGACCUCAAUGGCAAUCUAUGUGGGUUAGUCAUGAUUGAUAUUGUUGGAGGUACGGCAAUAAGAGCUCUCUCAACCAUGGACCAAUACUUGAGCUCUGUUCCUAAACACUUUGCGUCUGUCAAACAGGCGAUCGAUUGGCACUUGGCGUCAAAUUUGCUACAUAAUCACCAGAGUGCAAUUGUGUCUGUUCCUGCUCUAUUGAAAAAGUCACAAUACAGUGCCUCGUUGGAAUGGAUUGUGAACUUAAGGGACUCCAGUAUUCACUGGCAAAGAUGGUUCAAAAAUCUAUCCCAAGAAUUCGUCGCUCUACCGAGUCGAAUAUCCAGGUUACUUAUUUUGGCCAAUAAUGACUCUUUGGAUAAAGACUUGAUGAUCGGUCAAAUGCAGGGUAAAUAUCAGUUAAUCGUCUUCCACAAUAGUCAAUUGGGUGCUGCUGAUCCAUUUUCCGCAUCUACGAAAAUGAUGAAUAGUUUGGACUCUGCAAUUCUUGGUCAUUUUGUACAUGAAGAUAUACCUUUUAGAGUGGCGAGCAGUUUGAUGGAUUUCGUGGAAAGAAACAGCUCUGAUUUUGCUGCUUCGGGGCCAUCAUCAUCAGCUCUCAAAUCGCAAAAGGAGUAUUUGAACGCAAUGAACGAAAAAUGGGGCGUUGCAAGUAAAUAA